UCUUUCUGUUACCAUCAUGUUACCGCGUUUCGUCAAUCCUUAUCUUACUCGUACACCCACCGAGAAAACUUCCCGCACUGAAAUUACCUUUGACGAUGACCCUGUUACCUCUGAGCACGAGCUCGAUAGCGAAUACCGGUCCCUGCUUCAAAACAUCCUGUACAAAAGACUGCACGAGUCAUUGGAAUUCGCGGUGGUCGACGUUCCUCGAAAAAAACGAAGAAAAGGAAAACAUUCAACAGAUGUCGAUUCCGAACCCAGUGCUCCUUCGAAUCUAGAGCCCAUUUUAUUCAAAUUACUUUCCAACGCUGGUACCGAAGAACCAAGACUCAUCAAUAUCCAUCCACCACCUCCAAAACCCCCGCCUCAAUAUCGGGAACCCACAUAUGAGGAUACGGAAGAAGACAGUGUCAAGAGGCGGGAACGCGCGAAAGCCGUUGCGGUUGAUUAUGAUUGGGUUAUAGCAGAAUCUAGGAAAACACAACUGCCAUUUCGUUCUUGGAAAUCUCGACUCACCCACGCUUCACUUGAGCUUGAACCUUCACAUUCAUCCUCGAUACCCGAAUCUCCUACCCCAACUUCCACAACACCAAUAGGCUCGUUCUCAGAAUCUUCUAGAUCCCCUCCAAUCAUUAUCCUCAAUCGUCCUCAACCUCUUCGACACUCUCGUCCCCCAGUUCCUGGCGAACUUUUAAUCUACCAUCCUUAUGUUCCUGGUGCGCCUCCGCAUCCCGAAGCUCACAUCCAGAAUCGGAAAAAGAGCGCGUUUCCAAUAAUCGAGGUCAAGCGAGUGGAGAGCAAAUCGAUCGCAUGAGGAGAGUAAAGAUAAAGAUAUUAUUAGAGGACUUGUAGACUGUAGAUGGGGAACAAUGGGAAUGACUGGGAUUCAACGACGCGAUGAUUGUUGUGAUGCCAGU